AUGUUUUCUACUCAUAUUCAGAUGGCUCUAAUGUUGCAUCGCGACGCCUUCAUUAUGGAGAACUUAUGGAAUCAAAAAUCUACAAGGGAUGGCACUCCAGACAACAUCGGCGCUCUCACCUCGCCAAAGGUCUACAGGGUGGCCGAAAUGGUUCCUACUAGGGAUACUCUGGUGUCGACCGCCAAUAAACGGCUUGAUGCUUUGGCAGCACAGCUUGAAACCCUCAGGCUUGAUGGCCUGACAACAAAAUCCCAGUCCUCGAGAAAUGAUCCCUUCACUAUAACCCCCAAAGCCUCAAACAAAAGCUCAGACCACGCCGGCCUUCUCACACAAUCACAAACUUAUAUGCCUCAAGGGGCGAACAUCAUGGCUGAUAUCAGGGCCAUCGCCGAGAUUCGGGAUGACCGCAAGAAAUUUCGGCGUUGGAAAAGGGUCUUCAGAGACCAUUAUGCUGUGUCCUGGGAUGAAUGCCGAGUACGGAAGGGAUUAGCAAUGGUUUCGACUGACAUGAUUGAUAUGUUCAACAUUCGGGCAAAUGUGCGCACACUUUCCAAGUGGCGGAGACUGAAACAUCGCCCGCAACGCCGACACAUUCAAAGGAUUUGUGAUCCUUGGAUUGACUCGUGUCGUCUAUGGGCAUUGUACGAUUCGUGA